GCCCCACGCAGGGUCCCGUGCGCCCGGCCCGGCGAGGAGACCCCUGGCACCAUGGCCUCGCUGCUGGCAGCUUACCCGUGGGCCGAAGGCCUCGAGUGUCCGGCCCUGGACGCCGACCUGUCGGACGGGCUGUCGCCCCCCGCCGCCCCACGCCCGCCGGGGGACAAGAGCUCUGAGAGUCGCAUCCGGAGACCCAUGAACGCCUUCAUGGUUUGGGCCAAGGACGAGAGGAAACGUCUGGCGGUGCAGAACCCGGACCUGCACAACGCCGAGCUCAGCAAGAUGCUGGGAAAGUCAUGGAAGGCGCUGACGCUGUCCCAGAAGCGGCCGUACGUGGAGGAGGCGGAGCGCCUGCGGCUGCAGCACAUGCAGGACCACCCCAACUACAAGUACCGGCCGCGCCGCAAGAAGCAGGCCAAGCGUCUGGGCAAGCGCACCGAGCCCGGCUUCCUCCUGAGCUCCCUGUCCCGGGACCAGAACGCCCUGCCAGACAAGCGGGGCGGCGGCCGGGGGCCGCUGGGGGACGAGGAGGACAGGGGUGAGUACUCCCCGGGGGCAGCACUGCCCAGUCUCCGUGGCUGCUACCACGAGGCUGCCGCAGGUGCCGGAGGUGGGGGCACCCCAGGCAGCGUGGACGCCUACCCUUAUGGGCUGCCCACACCCCCUGAGAUGUCUCCGCUGGACAUGCUGGAGCCAGAGCCGGCCUUCUUCUCUGCCCCCUGCCAGGAGGAGCACGCAGCCCCCCGCCGACUCCCCCACCUGCCUGCACCCCAUUACUCACCAGAGUUUGCUCCCAGCCCCCGCCACUGUGGCCACGCCCUGGCCCCCCUGGGGCUCGGCCAGACCCCCAGCGUCUCUCUCAUGUCCACUGUGCCUGGCUGUCCCCCUUCUCCCGCCUAUUACUCCCCCGCCACCUACCACCCUCUACAGUCCAACCUGCACGCCCCUCUGGGCCAGCUAUCACCCCCGCCUGAGCACCCUGGCUUCGACGCCCUGGACCAGCUGAGUCAGGCUGAGCUCCUGGGGGACAUGGACCGCAAUGAGUUUGACCAGUAUUUGAACACUCCCGGCCACCCGGAUUCUGUCGCGGGGACCGUGGCCCUCAGUGGGCCUGUGUCAGGGGGCCCCGCGGAGACCAGCCUCAUCUCGGUGCUGGCCGAUGCCACAGCCACGUACUAUAACAGCUACAGCGUGUCCUAGAGCCAGUGGCCGGCCUGCCCUUGCCUUCCGGCUCACCGAGCAGCGGGGACCCUGGUGGACAGGUCUGAACUGCUCCCUCCCGCCCGCUCCCUGGAACUUGAGGCCUCGAGUAUCUUCCUUCAGAUGAGUUU